GUGUGCCCCAGAUCCUUUCCUGUUACUGACAAUAAUCUGGUAAUUAGUUUAAUAUGUCUACUAAUGAUUGUACAGUAUAAUCUGUCACUGUGCUCCUUUCUUCCAGCAUGUGUGGCACAUUUGUUCCCUGCUGUGGCAUGAGAGAAACAGCUGCCUCUGCCAAAUUUAGUUUAGCCUACUUUGAUAAAGAAUGAUCUGAGUUUAAUGUACAAACUGAAGUUGCUGUGGUGUCAUGAAGAGCACAUAUGAUUUAAACAAAUACAGAGACUUUUUCACUUUUAAGUUCUUAGGUGUAGCAUGAUGUGUGACUGCACUGAGCUGACUGGUGUCUGUUGAUUUCUACUCCACUGACUUGCUCCAAUCUGUCGUUUGUAGAUGUAGACUUAAAGACUCUGCAGGUUUUUCUGUCUUUCACUCUCUCCGCUUGUAUUCCUCUCUGUCACGAUGGGCAACUAUAGCUCAGCCCUCAUUCCUGACACUGAAGAGUUUGACUCAAUUGUGUCGAUCGCGGAGAAGCUGAAUGAGCAGGUAGCUCAUGUUGCAGAUGAGAGGUUACAGUCAGAGCUUCAGAGUCUGGUAACACUCAUGAUGGAGGAGGAGAGGAAAGAAAACCAGAGUGAAGAGCUGGAUUCUUCAACACUUCAAGAAAACACUCAGAAAACAAGCCAAAAUGGUUCUGCUCUGCCUGUAGCAGCAUCCAAAAGUGUGCCCACAAAGUCCUUCACCUCCCUGUUACCAAAGGCUCUCUCUGCUGUACUUCAUCCGACUCUGGCCCCUGGUCCCAACUCUGACCCGCAGGCGAAUAGGAAUCCACCUAACCUGGAACAACUGCAGACAGAGCUGAAAGAGCUGAAGGGGCAGUUUGAAGUGAUGAAGUGUCAGCACAACAAAGAAAUUAAACUGCUGAUGAGCGAGCUUGAUGAGGAAAAAAGGAUUCGCUUGACUUUACAGAUGGAGAUUCAACGAAUGAAGAAGCGCAUGUCUAAAUGAGUGGAGAACUUCAGCAUCUUCACAGACAAGUUUUAAAGGUCCUGUUGCACACUUAUAUAUAAAAAAAUCACCCUGGCUUUUGUUGUAUUUUUUGGAAAAACAUUUCACUUUAGUUUGUUGGAGUGGCAAAGGAGCCGGCCUAAAGGAAUGAAUGUUUUUAUUGAGUACUUGCUCAAAGUGCACAGGUGAGGCACAGUGGUAGCAGACUUCAGGUUGACUGCUCCUCCUUGGAAACGAGCAGUGGAUCUUGAUGAGCUCAGUUUUUCUUUUUCUUUUUUCUGUGGAUGGACUCUUAAUGACUUUGGCAUCUUCGGCAUUCUGUUUUGGGAGAAUAUUUUUUAAAGUGUCGAGGUGUGUUGAAGAUCAUCACUUAAGAAAUGCUUUUUAAUCACUUUUUCCUUUAUCCGACUGUGUGGAAAACAUUUGACAGUAAGAGAAGAGGACAUGAAAACGAGAGCCAGCAGUUCAUCUGCAGUCAUGUGGGCUCAGCUAUUAUUAGUUUAUCGGCUAAUAAUGUAAUGUGGAGACAAACACACAUGGCACAUGAAACUGACUGACCAAGCUGUCAGUGAAUUGUUGACAUGUAGAAAAAAAUGUGAAUUCAUUAAACGUGUUACCAAA